CACGUCGGCUCUUGAACAUCGUUCAUCAGCACUUGCUUGCCAACCUGCCCCAGCCCCAAGUGAGCGCCAGUCAAAAUAAUGUCAUCACUUGUAAGGGCAGCGGCGUGCCAUGCCUCGCCUGUGUUUCUAUCUGCACGAGCGACGACAGACAAAGCCCUCUCUCUGAUACACCAAGCAGCAAGGAACAAGGCAAAUCUCAUCGUUUUCCCAGAGACAUACAUUCCUGCCUUUCCCCUCUGGAGCUCUCUGAGAGCCCCGACCGAGAAUCAUGACCUGUUUCAGCGUAUGGCUCUCGAAUCCGUUUUUGCUGAUGGCGAGGAGAUCCAAGCCAUCCGCGCUACUGCCAAACAAACCGGGGCUAUCGUCAGCGUAGGAAUAUCGGAGAAGGUCCACUCCAGUAGCGCGACGCUGUACAAUUCUAACCUGCUUAUCGGAAGCAAUGGGGACGUGCUGGUACAUCACCGGAAGCUUGUGCCGACCUUCUUUGAGAAGUUGACCUGGAGCAAUGGGGACGGUCACGGCCUGAAAGUCUCGGAAACAGCAUUCGGGAAAAUUGGCAAUCUCAUAUGCGGCGAGAAUACGAACUCACUAGCCCGAUACGCUCUUAUGGCUCAAGGUGAACAGAUUCAUAUCUCCACAUGGCCUGCAGCAUGGCCCACUAGGACGAUGAAGCCAGCAUCUCUACACCCCGCCAGUAUUGACCGAGGGAAGACCGAAAGUUUUCCGAAUGGAAUUUCGUCCAUUGUGAGAAAUAGGAACUACGACAACAUAUCAGCUAACAAAGUGCGCGCUGCUGCUCAUUGCUUCGAGGCCAAAUGUUACGGAAUAGCGUGCGCUGGAGUCCUUGACAGUGACGCUAUUAGUAUCAUCGCCGACGGAACUGAGGACUCGGAAAGAGUGUCCGAGGUCUUAAGGGGUUCCCCAAGGAGUGUCAGCAUGUUUUUCGACCCCGCCGGGGCACCAAUGCAAGCCUUUACUGUUAAUGCUUCCGGUCAAAGAGAAUCAAAGGAGUUCUUGCAGCACGAAGAAGGCAUUUUGUAUGCAGAUUUCAACUUGGAGGACUGUAUCGAGGGUAAACAGUACCAUGACAUAUCAGGGGGUUACCAGAGGCUAGACGUAUUCGAACUCAAGGUCAACCGCCACCGGAAGAGGCCUGCAAUAUUCCUGGACAACGCAGAAGACAAGCCGGUGGACAUUCAAAUCCCUGUUCAGCCAACAGAAGUGGCUAAAUAGUAUGAGGGUUGGUGGGCUAUGAUAGUUUCGUUUCUAAUCCUCAUACAUAUAUGGUUUCGCUUCUA